AUAAUACCUCCAACUCCCUUCACUAAAUUUACAUUCCUUCACUUCUUCUUCUCCUUCUUCUCCGUCGUCCUCUGCAAUUUUCCCGCUUAUCCCAUUUCUCUACUAAACCCUAAUCAUUUCUCCUCAACGGAAUAAGGAAACGUGCAAGCAGUAUCUCCUACGUCCCAUUCUCAGCAAUGAAGAAGGUUGUUCUAAAGCUCGAUUUGCACGACGAUAAAGCCAAGAAGAAGGCCUUGAAGCUAGUCUCCACUCUCGCAGGAAUAGACUCGAUUGCGAUGGAUAUGAAAGAGAGGAAACUAACAGUAAUUGGAGCGGUAGAUCCGGUCACGAUCGUGAGUAAACUGAGGAAAUUCUGGCCGGCGGAAAUAAUAUCCGUGGGACCGGCGGUGGAGCCGAAGAAGGAAGAGGAGAAGAAGGAAGGAGAAGGGAAAAAGGAAGAAGAGAAAAAGAAAGAGGAAGGAGAAGGGAAGAAGGAAGAAGAGACGAAGAAGAAAGAUCAGGAAGGAGGAGAAGGAGGGGAGAAGAAGAAUCAAACUCCGAACCCAAACGAUCCCGUUUUGGAACUGGUAAGAGCUUAUAGAGCUUAUAAUCCUCAUCUCACAACUUAUUAUUAUGUUCAAAGCAUGGAGGAGAAUCCAAAUUCUUGUGCCAUUUGUUAGUUAGUCAAUUAAUUAGUUAAUGCAAAUCAUAAUUUCAUAUAACAAACUGUAUAUGAAGCUUUUUGUGGUCUGUAAAAAUGGCGGCUCUCCCUUUUGUUGUUCAACCUUUUCCGAUCCGUGUUUACGGUGUAGACAAAUAUAUUACAUAUAUGUACUUAUUUAUCAUAGGCAUUAUUAUGAUUGUUGUGGAUCGCUCCUUCUCUACGAUUAUGAUAUCAUGAUAUUGAAUGAA